AUGGGCAAUGUGCCACUUCUUAAUAGGCCUAUAUACAAAAGACACCGUGCAGAGUAUGAAAAAAACAGAAUGGGUGUCAUUACUUUCUCCGAGGAAUACACUUACUCUAUCCCUCCAGCAAGGCUGUUCAAGGCCUCGGUUCUUGACUCUCACUACCUGUUUCCCAAGCUCUUGCCACAAGCUUUCAAAAGCAUUGAAAUUCUCCAAGGCAAUGGAGGAACUGGAAGCAUCAAGCAAAUCAACCUUGCAGAAGGAAAGAAUGUCAGUUAUUUAAAGUAUAAGAUUGAUGAGCUUAAUGAGGAGACAUACACCUACAAUUACACAUUGAUUGAAGGUGAUGCCUUGUCUGCAAAUCUUGAGAAAAUCAGUUACGAAGUGAAAUUUGAAACAUCACCCAGUGGCGGUACAGUUGCCAAGAUGACAAACACGUACUGCACGGUGGGAGAUUUUGCAAUUAAAGAGGAGGAAGUUAAGGCUGGCAAAGAGAAGGCCUUAGGAAUGUACAAGGCAGUGGAGGCCUACCUGGUCCAAAAUCCUGAUGUCUAUGCUUAG